AUGGCAGAUGGGAAAGGCGCUUUAGCAAAAUAUGUUCUCACAGAUGCCGAGAGUGAGACCAUCUUUGCGGAGCAGAUCCUGCCUGCUGAACUAAGUCAUGCGCUGGACAGUGGCCAAGUUCCAGGCAACGAUUCCUCAUCCAAGGUCGCAGUCCUGCUCGUCGGCCAGACGGGUGCCGGCAAAACCCGCACAGCACCACUCCUACACCAGGCCAUGACCACGAGGCACCCUUCAGGCCGGGGUCCUGCGCACCUGAUCGCCGACACCUACAAGACGUACCACCCGGCGUACGCAGACCUCAUGCGCCACUCGCCCGCCCUCGCCUCGCCCGCGACGGGUCCCGACGCGCGCCGCUGGCUCGCCAUGGCCUGCAGUCGCGUCGCCGCCGCCGGGGCCGACUGUCUCGUCGAGUCGGCCUGCCGCCACCCUGCCGACUUCCAGGAUCUGGUGCGCAUCUUCCGGGCCGCCGGGUACGUGGUGCACGUCGCGCUGCUCGCCGUGCCCGAGGCCCUAAGCCGCCUCGGGAUCCUGGUCCGUUUCCACGGCGCGCUGCCCGAGGCGCGGUCGCGGGGUCUCCCGCUGCGCCUGACCCCGAGGCCUGUCCAUGACGCCACUUAUUCGGGACUGCUCGUCGCCGCGCGCUGGCUGGACGGCGAGGGCAGUCCGUCUACCGAUCGGGUGGUGGUGCUGAGACGAGGCGACCGGGUGGCUUACGAGCGUGAUGCUGGGGGCCAUGGAGGUGAUGGCAGUGUUGCCUCGGCUUUGUUGCUGGAAAGGCGACGGCCUCUCAGUCAAGAAGAAAAGGCGCGGGCCUUUGAGGAUCUGAAAACGCUGGAGGAGCUCAGUCUAGGGCUUGGUCAGGAUCGGGAGAAAGAGAAGCAGGCAUUGGAAACGGAACUGCGAGAUAUUAAUCAGCUGCUUUUCGGCUUGGAUCCUGACAACAAUGCAGUUCAAGCUGAGACCCCUGACUUCCCAGAGCUGUUGCCUUUGGAUCAUGCUCGAUUUAUAACAUCCAGAGGCAAUAACGGAUAA